CACCUCCAAACUGUCCUCAAGACCGCCUCUCCCAAAAACCUCCCUACAACCACCUCAACCACUUCACCCCCUCCCUCCGCAACACCAUCACAAUGUCAAACUACUACUCAUCGCAACAACCGCAAUACCCCGCCGCAGCCGGCCCCAACGCCGCGCAGAACCUGCAGUUCUUCCCCUCCCAGUACACGAACCCGACUUCCUCGACACCCCAGCAAGCAGCAGGAGGCUACGGAUACAGCAACCAGGGCGGCUAUGGCGUCGGAGCACCAGCGCAGAACUUUGCGGCUCCCGCGUUUGGUGCGCAGGGCGUCAGCGGCAGGAUGGGCGAGCAGGGCGGGCUGAGGACCGGUUGGGUUGCGGCUUUCUCGUCGGAAGGGUAUGAUGGCGAACCGCCUUUGCUGGAGGAGCUGGGCGUUAACUUUGGACAUAUCCAGGCAAAGACGCUCGCUGUGCUGAAUCCCUUCCGACGUAUCGACUCGCAUAUCAUGGACGACUCCGACCUCGCGGGCCCCCUCAUCUUCUUCCUCCUCUUCGGCUUCAUCCUCCUCUUCUCAGGCCAAGUCCACUUCGGCUACAUCUACGGCCUCGCCGCCCUAGGCUCCAUAUCCCUCCACCUGAUCCUCUCCCUCAUGUCGCCCUCCGACGCCAGCGAACCCCAAGUCAACAGCUAUCCCCAAUACAGCAGCGAUCCAUCCGCGCCUCAGCAGCCGCACGACGGCCAGCAGGGCGGCCACUUUUCCGCGACGCUGACGUACCCCCGCAGCGCGAGCGUCCUCGGAUACUGCCUGCUACCGCUCGUGGCGACGAGCCUGUUCGGCAUCGUAAUGAGAAUGGAUACACCCGUUGGCAUUGUCGCGACCACGGCGGCUAUCCUCUGGUGCACUUACAGCGCGAGCGGGAUGUUCUGCGCGGUGGGACAGAUGAAGCGCAUGCGGGGACUCGUUGCGUACCCCCUUGCGCUGUUCUAUGUUGGGUUCGGCAUCAUGGGUAUUUUCAGCAGCCGUGGAAGUGGAACGUUCUCCAAUGCUGCUGCUAAGCUCAACGCAUAAAAUUGGUGAACGACACGUGGUUCUGACACGAUGAGGAGUUUUGCUGCGCGCGGAAACUCGACGCUGUACAUGAUGACGCCCUCGCGGCCAAGAUACGAUGGAGGGGCGGUAGGCGUUCAGAUGGCGAGACGCAAGUUACACAUACCGGGACAUUGUUCCCUUGUACUAGAAUAAUAAUUUUUGUAUGUCACGAUUCAAAAAGAAAGCAGACAGAAGGUUCAGGUUAGCGUUGAGUUGAGACUCUUUAAAAAAAAAAGCAAUUUUCAGAUAUGCAAAGACAUCGUGACCAUCUAUAUACCACAAACCAGCUAGCAUGCAAAGGCAUCAGAACAAAAUACAUCCUCC